AUGAGGGGCCCCCAUUUCUGCCUUUUCUCGCUCUUCUGCCUGAUCUCCUCCCAAAAGAUUCCCAGGCUGAAGCUGAUCCCGAAAGAUGUGCCAAGCUUAACUUUUGAUGAGAGGGAGAGCUUGACGGCCAUGUUCCACGACACCAGCUCGGACCAGGUGCUCAUCGGAGGCCGAGGCGUUCUGUGGGUCCUCACCUUUCUGGAUUCCAAGAUCACGCCAAACCAGGUGCCCAUGAAAGCUGAGGAGAAGGCAGAGAAGGACUGCCAAAAGAAGCCUGGAGCAGUGCAGGAGGACUGUGAUAAUUUCAUCCGUGUGAUUCAGAGACUGGACGACAGAAUCAUUGUCUGUGGAACCAAUGCGGGUUCUCCCAAGUGCUGGUUUUUGGUCAACCACACAAAUUUGCAAGAGGACAGGCUGGGCCGGAAGUUCACCCUUCAGGCAGGAAGCUUCAUCGCACCCUCUCCAUCCCAAAACACGGUGGCCAUUGCAGUAGAAGGCAACCUGUAUACUGCAUUGUCUGGGAACAAAAGUGUCAUCCAGAGGAGCUUUGGAACCAAAAAGGGUGUUAAGACAGAAGAGAGCUGGCUGGGCAAUGCGGAGUUUGUCGGUGCUGCCUUCCUGCCAGAGAAGGACUCGGGCAACGAUGAGAUCUUCUUCUUCUACAAUGAAGUCAACCAGUCAGCGGGGCUGGAUGAGGAGCCCUACAAAGCUCAGCUGGGGCGUGUCUGCAAGGUGGACCAAGGCGCGAAGUCCUUCCUGGUGGACACCUGGAGCACCUUCCUCAAGGCACGGCUGGUGUGCGGACAUCCCAACCAGCCAAUGCGCUUCCACCACCUUCGGGACGCCUUUGUCCUCAGAAAAGAGGGCCAGAAUGAAGCUGUGCUUUAUGGAGUCUUCUCCAGCAUGUGGGGCUCGUCCGCCGUCUGUGCCUACUCUAUGAACAGAAUCAGCUCCAUCUUCAAGACUUCAAAAUUCAAGGGGGUCACGAGUGCCAUUCCUGUGCCCAGACCAGGCACGUGUGUGCCGUUGGAUUCCAAUCCAGCCCUGCCCAAGACAACCAUGACCUUCAUUAAGGAGCACCCAGAAAUAGACACGGUCAUCUACCCGGACGAGGAACGGCCCCUGUAUGUUCUCCAGAAUAAUGACACGUACACUCGAGUGCUGGUGGAUAGUGUGCAGGAUGCUGAAAAUGUACUGCAUGACGUCCUUUUUCUUGGAACAGCCAAAGGAAAGAUUCACAAAGUGCUCCGGAGCAAAGAGCAGACGGUGAUCAUUGCGGAGAUAAGUCCCUUCCAGAAAGAAAUGCCCGUUUCUUCCAUGAUCCUGGACCCCACCCUGGGGCACCUGUACGUCAGCACCAAGUCCGAGGUGGUGCGCCUGCUGCUGACGGACUGCGACCAGUACAACGAAAACUGCUGGAAGUGCGUCCUGGCUCGGGACCCGUACUGCGGGUGGGACAUGGACGCAAAGAGCUGCUCCGCCAUCUCCCAGGAGGGAAACCGCACUGGCAGGUUACUUCAGAGCUUGGAUUCUCCCAACACCACAUACGUGUGUGAUGCUGUGGAAGAAAAACUGGCCCAGGAAGCCCUCAAAAAAGUGAGUGUGGAUUCCACCGGCUACAUUUACUUACCGUGCCCGCUGCGUUCUCACCACGCCAUCUACACGUGGGUCAAGGAUGAGAAGACCUACCCGUGCUGUAUGGACGAGCAGUCUUGCACUCUUCGCUUUGGGGAGAGCACGCCCAUGGACCAGGGUAUCUUCAAAUGCACCGCCAAGGAAGAAGGUUACCAAGAGGAAAUAACAGCCUUCAAAGUCACACUCAACAGUGGUAGGAUCCCAGAAAGCUCCUUGGCUGUGGUGGCUGCAGGAAUUUUGUUCCUUACCAUAACGAUCCUCCUGCUAUAGGCCAGACUGGGUGAUAGGAGUGGAACUCAUCGCACUGCCAACCAAAAGUCCCUUUUCUUUUUUUAAACGAUUGGCUCUGACAAAGCCUGUUAAAUCCCUUUGGCCGUGUUUGCACCUUUGGACAAGAAAUCGCACUCGGCUGGAGAAGCAAGUUUGUUCAUCACUCUCAAAUCCGGAUGUUCUACCCAUCAAGAUUUCUCUCCAAGUCCACCAGAUAUUCUGUGUUCACUUCAGAAUGAGAUUUCAUAAGAAAGAGCUUUCUGAAUGACAGCAGGAUCAAGGAAGCUGAAAUACUGAUGGUUGCAUUUCAGUGUUUGCUGAAAUGUGAUUUUUCUUGGAAAUGUUUGAAUCAUUCUGGACCAAAUUUGAGCUUAAGCCAUGAAGAAUUCCAUUUCAUCCCCUGGUGGCCCCAUCCAAGUUGGUUUGUCCACAGUUUGAAAAGCAAAGCAUUUUCACGUUGUGAAAGAAAUCUUCUUCACGAAUUAAAUGUUACCGUUUCUCUUUUGGACCAUGUAUGUAAUUUGUCUUGUUGCAUGUGCUGCCUAACUGUGAAAUUUUUACCGCUGGAGGGCACAAGAUGGAUUAUGGAUUGCUUCCGGCCCUGGACCACCGUUUGGAGCAAACCUCGGCCAAACUCUGCCUUACUUCACAAGCCAGGCGGCUGCUGAAAUAGCUGUCAACAUCUCCUGGAAUUUAACUUUCUGUGGGCAAAUCUGCCUGGGAGCAAAUACCGUGAAAAGCAUGGCAUUUAGACUCUGCUGUCAGAACUCCGUGCCAGUUAUUCCACUGUCUCGUUCCAGUCAUGCAAUGUACGUCUUGUAACGGCCCAGCCUAUAUAACCUUACAUUCUAAAAAUGCAUGCAAUCAACAGUUCUCCCGAGAAAAUCCUCAGGAGGUCAAGCAAAUGGAGUCAAGCAAGAGGGAAGAGUCAGUUGCAAAGGAAGGACCAAACUAUGGGCUAUGGGUGACCAAGGCUCCAGAAGAGGCUAGUCCAUGACAAUCUGGAGGACAGGUGGUACUGAAAACAUAAUUUUCUGAGGCACUGGGACUGUGGAAGACAGGGGCCAGGCAUCUUCUGGGGCUGCUGCAUCUUGGUCAUGAGUUGCUGGAAGAGACAGGCCAGCAGGAUUGGAAAAACAUCCCGAAUUCUCAUGAAAAGCAAGCUGUGAGCGCUGGCUGCUGAUGAGCAUCAGGUGUUAUUGCUUGUGGACUUUCUGGAAGCUUCUGGCUGGCCAUGGAGAGAACAGAAUGGCCUGGAGUCUGAUCCAUGGCGGAAGAUGAUCCUGAAACAGGGACCGGGGUUUGGGGGCCAGUGGGGGUGGCUUUGGAAAACCACUUAUCAGGUGUACUCAAAAGAGCUGGGCACUUUUAGAAUGGAGAAGGAAAAGUUAAGCCGUGACCCUCUGUCUGGGCUCCUGCAGUGUUUACUUUCUGCUCACAGGGGUUGAGCUACAUGACCUUCGGGGUCACCACCCUAAAAUUCUGACUCUCUCUCCAGUCAGUCCUGCUGCUUUCUGACCAUUGAUGCAAAAGGCAUUUUCUUUCUCAUUAGGAUUAGUAUAUAAGGGAAGUAUUUUUUUAGAAAGUUUAUAUGAAAUCUAUUUACAAAAGUAGGGGGAAGUUGCCACAGUGGGGAAAAUGGGAAAUCAAAACUCAGAGGAUUGUAAUUAAGGCAUUAUAUUGCUUCAAGAGAAUCGCUGUUUCAGUUCGAUACACCCUUAGCACGGGACUGAAUCCCACUGAAUUCAGUGGGUUUUCUUGGGACACGAUUCUCUCACGUCGACUGGAGCAUAUAUGCAGAAAAAAAAGUUUCUGGGUUGUGUCCACAACGUGUUUGGGAAUCGCACUGUUUGGGGAGAACCUGGAUAAUCUUGUGUUGCUUGGCGGAGAGGAAGAUAAUUCACAUCCCCCCCAGGAUACCCCCAGGGUUAAGGGCACACAUCCAGACCAGGGGGAAUGGCCUUACUUUCAAGGAAACAUUCAAAAGAUUAGAUCGUCCAUAGAUUGGCUCACGUUUUAGAUCCUUAUUUAUGAUCUUCUUACUCACGGCAAUGUUUCUACAGGAGUGAACUGGCCUAUCCCAAUCCAUUCUCAGUCUGAAAUGUAAGUUACAUCAGGAGAAUGAUAGCUGUCUGGCUUUUUUGCACAUUUCACCAAAACAGGAGCUCAUCUUGUCCAUUACUAAGAUGAUGC